CGCAACCACUUAUGAGAUGGUGUCGAUGAUAACGGUUCAAGAAAACCUGAUGGAGACUGGGAGGUAAGUUACCUUUUCUUUGGCUUGGAAAAUUUGUAAGAAUUUUACACCAUUUUAUCUUUUGUGAGCAAUUCAGUGAAAUGCAAACCCAAACAUAAAACCCCUAAACAAGCACGUGAAGAAUAAUUUAAAAGUCAGAAUCGCUCAUUGACUACAAUAUUGUGGUUAACGUUGAUAUUGUUUUUAAGACGAGACGUGUUUGCAUCCCCAAGCAUUUUAGGUACAGUUGCUAAUUACUGGGUUCCUAAUUGCAGUUUGUGUCACUUCUGGUCUGAUGCUUGUGGGGCAAAGAUUCAAUUACUGCAACAUUUCUUCGCCGACACCUGGGGUUUCAUGACCUUUAACCUCCAACACUACCACUAAGAAGACUGGAGACAAACUCAGUAUCCUUGUACAGUGUUUGGCAGAUUAAUGCGAAUAAUCUGCGUUCCUACUCCAAGUCUGCAUGAAAGCUUUCUCAUAUGUGGCCAUCGUUUCACUGCGCUGUUUUUCUGUGGGGGUGUAGCAUAUGAACCGUGCAUCCAUCCAUCCAACCAUCUUCGUCCGCUUAUCUGAGGUCGGAUUGCAGCGACAGCAGGGAAUCCCAGACUUCCCUCUCCCCCAGCUACUUCGUCCAGCUUUUUGGUGUUAUUCUGUGCGAUCCUUCCUCUCUCAAUUUAUGAAUCACCAUCUUGAACUGUAGAAAUAAUCAGAAAGACUACAAAUAAAACUGUGAAUAGUCCACAAAGUCAGAGAAAUUGUGGUAAAAUGAGAGAAUUGAAGUAAACGGCUUGUAAAGGCGACUGAUCAGUCUUGAACGCAGGCCAGCAGGGGGCCAGGAGAUGGAGGGCUAAUCGCUUGGCCAAGUGUGAGCACACUAAUUCUCUGGAUUAAACACUUCUACUCCUGUCGUCUACAGAGGCGUGUCAAAACACUCGCUCCGUGCCGGCUAUAAUAAUUGUAAUGUAAUUCUGGGUAUAAUAAUCGAGUUUUGCUGUAAAUACUACAUUAUUCUACCCCUCAGUUUCCUUGAAGGGCAGGAUAAUGCCAAGUCAAAGACCGUGCACGAGCAGCUGGUAUUCUCCAGGUGUCUCAUCGCUAUCAUGCCUAAUUAGCUUCCAUGUUAAUUCCUGGGCUGUGCUGAUUGGCUGCCAGACAAAAGCCGUGUGUUCUUAGCCCGCCUCCUCAUACAUAGCAAGCAAGGAGUAUGCCAACAUCACACAGUUGCUCACACUUGCUUUUCACAGUAGCCUUAUUGCACCGUGUAGGUCCUCAUCAUGGAGUUGGAGAGCAUUUAUUUGGAUCUAAAGACUCUCUUGUUGACGAUGAUGAUGUUCAAAUGGGAUAGUUGCGAUGGCUGCAUAACUCUUUCAUCCAGAGCUUAAUGAUAACUGGUGUAGAUGAAGGUGGUAACGAUGGAGUAGGCUACCACCAAUUUUGUGAAUCUCAGCAGUAGGAGACACUCAGUUCAAGAGACAAGACGAUACACAAGUUUGGGUCUCCGAGAACAAGGAAUCUUCUGCACGGCCACGCCUGACAAAUGCUUGUCGACACCCUGCCAAAAUGGAGCUACCUGUGUGGACACAAGGGAUGAUUAUGCCUGCAUUUGUGUCAAUGAAGGGCUUAGAUACAUGGGUAAGAACUGCGAUCAGCUUUAUGAUGCUUGUUCCUAUGCUCCGUGUGAAGACUGCAUCAGCACUCCCGGUAUGCCGGAGUAUCGCUGCAUCUGCCCGGAUGGACUAUCUGGCAACAACUGCACAGAGGAGGUGGACGAGUGCCAGAGCAACCCCUGCUCGGAGCCACGUUCUCUGUGUGUAGAUCUUCUGAACGGGUACUUCUGCAGGUGUCCUGCCGGUUAUGGAGGCCCACAAUGUCGUCGGCAUGUAAAUGACUGCAUUCAGCAACCCUGCAUGAACAAUGGGACUUGCAUUCUGCGGCCACAAGGCUCUGAAUGCCAAUGUAUACCAGGAUACGAGGGACAGACUUGUGAGAACGAUAUCAAUGAAUGCUUGUCAGAGCCUUGUCAAAAUGGCGCUAUCUGCAUCGACGGGGUGGCAGAGUUCCAUUGCUUCUGCGUGCCUGGUUUCCAGGGCUACAACUGUGAAAUUGACAUUAAUGAAUGUGCAUCCAGGCCGUGUGCUAACUCUGCUACCUGCAUCAAUGAGAAGGACCACUACACGUGUGAGUGCCUGGCGGGUUUUACAGGAAUCAACUGUGAAAGUGAAAUAGAUGAAUGCGAAUCGGAUCCCUGCCACAACGGAGCCACGUGCCACGACCUGAUUGGCUCCUACUCCUGCGAAUGCUCGCCUGGUUUUGAAGGCGUCCACUGUGACGCGGAUGUCGACGAGUGUGCAAGUCAGCCGUGCCGCAACGGAGCUGCCUGCCGCGACAUGGCCAACAGCUAUGAGUGUGACUGCAGUGACACUGGAUUUGAGGGAGACCACUGUGAAGUGGACGUUGCUGAGUGUGUCUCUCAUCCCUGCCAACAUGGCGCCACAUGUCUGGAGGGAGUCAAACAAUACACCUGUCUCUGCUGGCCAGGUUAUCAAGGCACACACUGUGAGAUGGACAUUGAUGAGUGUGCUGAACAUCCUUGUCACAAUGGUGGCGAAUGUUACGAGCGCUCCAAACUGACCCACUGGGGACUGGACUGGGAACAAAGCUAUGCAAGUGUAGCUGGAUAUAUUUGCCAUUGCUCGCCAGGGUUUGCAGGCGAGAACUGCACUGUUAACAUCGAUGAGUGUGACUCUGGACCCUGCCAGAAUGGAGGCACUUGUCAGGAUCAAGACAAUGGCUAUACAUGCACAUGUCCUGUUGGAUUUUCAGGUUUUCUUUGUGAAGUGGAUAUUGAUGAAUGUGAAAGCCAGCCGUGUCAGAAUGGUGGCUGGUGUGAAGACCAGACCGCUUCCUACAUCUGCCACUGUCCUGAGGCAAAGGUGGGCCAUCUUCCAUGGGGAGGCAGUGAGUGCAACAUCAAGCUCUUCGGUUGUUUCCACCAUGAAUGCCAAAACGGAGCCACGUGCUCCCCGUGGUUUGAUGGCGUAGGGCACGGCCACACAUGCUUGUGCUCUCCUGGCUUUUAUGACGAGCAGUGCUCGACGCAAACAACCUUCUCUUUCUCCUCUCCCGGAUUUAUUCCCAUUGAGGUUUCCCAAGAGAAGAUCCAGAUGGGGGUUGAACACAGUGACGAUUAUGGCUUUGCAAUACAGUUGCGCUUUCGGACAACCUUACCCAAUAUGUUAGUUUUCUACAGAGGAGAUAUGGAAACCUACCUCCUACUAGAGAUAGUGAAUGGUUCUCUGCAAGCAAAAGCCUUCUCUGAUGGCUCUGAACUGAAGCUGACCUUUCCUGCCUUUGUCAACGAUGGAGAUUGGAGAGAUGCUCAUGUGUUUGAGAACAACAAAGGCCUACAUUUGGUUCUGAAAGGACCUGGCUGCAACAGAGACGGGUGCCGAGCUCAAGAUGAAUCACCUUUCCAGAACUUGGACAGCCUUUUUCAUGUGUAUGUAGGCGGGGCGCCAGAGGAAUUGCUCCAGAACUCCAUCAGCUAUGCAAGCUUUAUUGGAUGCAUGGAAGACCUGAUCAUUGACUCUGAACCUGUUCUUCCACAAACAUUCCAAGAGGACCAACAUCUGGGAUGUAGUAAAACUGAGUGGUGUGAGGCUGACCCCUGCCAUGGGCGUGGACACUGUGUGGACCUUUGGACCAGCUACCACUGUGACUGCCACCGUCCUUUCUACAGUGGAAGCUGCAGGGAAGAAUUGCAGUCGUGGACAUACAGCCAUGAGGACAGUAGGAGUUUUAGCGUGUAUCAUAUCGCCAAGAGUCACAGCAGGAACUUUCAAGUCUCCUUUUUUUUGAGGUCUUUAAAGCUGGAAGGGCUGAUCUUUCAGUUGAGAACACCCACAGGAGAAGUGUACUUCUCCGUCUACCUAAAGAUGGGACGGCUUUUUAUCAGCUCUCUGGCCGACAGCGCCCCUCUUACUGCACCCAUUUUUCUCACAACUGGCGAGAAGCACUUCCUUCUGGUGGAGAUCCAGCAAACACAAGUCAUCUUUGAGCACGGAAGUCUUCGUUAUGGAAUCGGGUCAAUACCUGAGGUGGUCAUUAACGCAGGAGAUGAGGCUUACCUUGGAGGACUUCCAGAAGAGUGGGACUCUCACCCUUGGGGGGGACAUUACAAAGGGUGCCUGCAGGACGUUCGUUUAGAUUCAGUACAUCUGGAGGUGGAUGCACGGAACAACGGUGAUGAGGAGGAAAUCUACGAAUCAAGUGGUGCUGAAAAUGUCAAGAGAGGAUGCAUCAGUGACGACACUUGUAAGAAAAGCCCUUGUCAGAAUGGAGGAGAAUGCAACGUCACAUUCAAUGAUUUCACGUGUUCUUGUCCGGACGACUACACUGGACGUACUUGUCAAACUCGAGUUUGGUGUGUCAGUGACCCUUGCUUCCACGGAAGCCAGUGCAUGGAUCUUUCUGAUGGUUAUGAAUGUCUGCAUAAUGCAACGUUUGACAACAGUCCUGCACAAUUCAGUGCUGGAGGUUCCCUGGUUGAACCCGUGUCUUCAAUAUACAUGGAGUUAAGGACCCGUUCUGACAAUGCGGUUCUCCUGAGGGCCUCCCGGGGUUCUGACCAGCUGAUGGUCGGCCUGCUGGACUCCUCUGUCUGGGUUGAGAUCCAUAUAGCCGACAGGGCCGAGACACUGACCUUUACAGGAGAGCGCAAAGUGGCUGAUGGGAGGUGGCAUCGAGUAAACGUGUCGAUGGCAAAGAGGGAGCAGAACACUUCCCCCUGGACAAUCACCGUGGACGGAAUCACUGACGCCAGUAGCCUGCCGCACAGAACAGGGAGUUUACACUUUCUCAAUGAUAAAGGGGCGGUGCUAACCCUAGUGGAGAGCUUCACCGGCUGCUUGGGUGCGGUCAGGGUCGGAGGAGUGUAUCUUCCGUUUGUGGACGACUACGACCCUCCACAGAUGGCUCGGUUCCACUCAUCUGGCAAGCAAAGAAUCAGCUUGGGUUGUAGCAGUGCUCCCGUUUGUAACUCCAACCCUUGCCUAAACGGAGCGACUUGUAACGACGUCUUUAAUAAGAUUUUCUGUGAGUGUGACGUCGGCUGGGAGGGAGAACUAUGUGAGGUCGACGCUGAUGAUUGCGCAUCUCAGCCUUGUUAUAAUGGCAAGUGUAAGGACUACUUGGCUGGUUUCGAGUGCCUGUGCCACCCCGGAUAUGCCGGCGCACUCUGUGACGUGGACAUGGACGAGUGCGAGCACCACGCUUGUCAACAUGACGCCAUCUGUAAAGACGGACCCAACAUGUACUCCUGUAUAUGCCCCAAGGGUUACAGCGGCCCGCGAUGCCAGUGGGACUAUCCGCCGCUACAGUGUGGCAAAGAUGUGCUGUGUGCAAAUGAUGGAAUCUGCAACGACGGGCUCUGGGGCGCUAACUGUACAUGCAUGCCGGGUUUCGAAGGCAAAAGGUGUGAAAUGGAGAUCAAUGAGUGCAACUCCAACCCGUGUCGGCACGGUGGUUCUUGUUUGGAUCGGUUCAACAUGUUUGUGUGUCAAUGCCCACCUGGCUACAGCGGUUCCGUGUGUGAUGUCAAUCAACAAGCGCGUGCCGAAGAAGUCUCCUGGCUGGUGGUGGCGCUCCCCCUGUUGUCCUUCUGCGUGCUCGUUUUCAUCCCCGCUUUGGCCUUCAUGAUACGAACGACGAGAAAGAAGCGCCGGUCAGAGGGGGCUUACAGUCCCAGCGCCGAGGAGCUGGCUGGGGCUCGCUUGGCCAUGGACAGAAUGCUCAAAGUUCCCCCUGAGGAAAGACUCAUCUGACCCAUCAGCAUUCAAGUGUCAUGUGGUCACGCUUUCACAACCGUACCAAUCACAUGUCUUUAUGCACAAGUACACAAGUACAGCAGACCUUUUUAGGAACAACAAUUUGUGAAUGUGCGGGGAUCUGUUGUACACCGAAAUGGUAUGCCGGGGGUGUCCAAAGUGUGGCCUGGGGGCCAUCUGGCAAUGGCACAUUCUAAAUGUGCCAUUGUAAAAUGUAAUUUUACAAGAUAACUAUAUAAAAAAAACAGCAAAAAUGUCCAAAUCAGCAGUAAUUUUACAUGAAUAAAGUCAAAAUUUGAAGAGGAUAAAAAUAAUUAAAAUAAUUUUACAAGAAUAACAUCCUAAUAUUAUGAGGAAAAAUAUUGUCAUUUUAGUAGCAUAAUGUUAAAAUAUU